AUGGAAAAACAUUGGCGGCUGUAUCAAAGGACAAUGUUAAAAACCAAGUGCAUCAGUGAACACUUACAAACAGAAGACUGCUUCAAACAAGAAGCUGAAAUGCCACCAAAACAUCAUAGAAAACAUAGUCACAGUCCUCGUCGAAGGAAACACAGUCACAGUCCCAAAGGAAGACACAGGCGUCGUAGCCACAGCAGUAGUUCGAGCGGGUCUGGCUCAGACUCAGAUUGUGGAAGAAGGAAAAAGCAUAGAUGCAAGUGGAAUGGUUGUACCAAACGUAAGGGGUGUAUAGGACAUCAAAAACCCGGAUGCGGCGACGGGCACUGUGGCGGUGGAUCAUGCGGCCAUGGCAACCAUGGGUGUAGUGGAUCAUGUUGUCAUGGAGGCAAUGGUUGUGGCGGUCACGGUGGAGGAAGUCACGGUUGUGGUGGUCACGGUGGAGGAGGUCACGGUUGCGGUGGUCACGGUGGAGGAGGUCGCGGUUGUGGUGGUCACGGUGGAGGUCACGGUUGCGGUGGUGGUUGUAACAAUGGACGUCCUCCACCAGCCGUGUGCCCACCAGGUGGACAGCAGCCUGAAUUUCCUCCCGGUGGAGGUGGCUGUGGCCCAAUAAGGACAGAAUUCGAAUGGUCUUCCAGUGGAAAUGUGCCAUUUGACAAAGUGAAGGACUUAUUUCAGAAAUAGAUCUAGCAGUUUAAAUCUGAAAUCUUCUUUAAAAUAUGGCAGCAGAGUGAAUGGAGAAUGUUCAAAUGAUUUAUGCAAGAAAACUCAAAAAAGAUCCACAAAUGGCACUAACUAAUGGCCUAAUUUUCAAGUUGCCAGCAGACAUCCGACUGUAAUUGAAUGAAGGAUUUUUCCUUAUAUAAAAGGACAUUACUGUUAAAUUGAUGAUUACUUAAAAUCCGCUGUUUGCUAGAACACAAGAACAGGGCGAUAGUUGCUACCAAUUUUCAUUCAUAAACGUUGAAACAUUUAACUGGCCUAAUACAUCAUUUGGAAUUAUAGAUUACUAGAUUAUAUUAUAAAAUUAAUAAAAAAGCAAUUUAACAAUUUCCAUUUUGUAAUGCUUGGAAGUG